AUGAACACUAUCAUGAUCCUAAUACCAAUACCCUUUAUUCUGUCUUCACUAUUUCCAUGUUUUCAGACUCAGAUUCUGCCAUCAUCACCCUUCGCCAACCAAGGCCAAUGGCAACUCUUGCACCCAACCAUUGGAAUAUCUCCAAUGCACAUGCAACUUCUACACAACGACAAAGUCAUCAUGUUCGACAGAACUGAUUUUGGUCACUCCUACCUUCCUCUUUCCAAUGGUCGUUGUCGCGUGGAUCCCUCCGACAUUGCCCUAAAACUCGAUUGUUCCGCUCACUCCGUUCUAUACGACGUUGUCACGAACACUCUACGACCCUUAAUGAUACAAACCGACACAUGGUGUUCCUCAGGCUCGGUUCUCCCCAACGGUACUUUGAUUCAAACCGGAGGCUACAACGAUGGUGACCGCACCAUUCGCAUGUUCACCCCAUGCUUCGACCAAACCUGCGACUGGGUCGAAUUCCCACGUUCGUUGUCACAGAGAAGAUGGUAUGCAACAAACCAAAUACUCCCAGAUGCUCGUGUCGUUGUUGUUGGAGGUAGAAGACAAUUCAACUACGAGUUCUUACCUAACAACAAUAUUCCUUCUUCUAUUCCUCUUAACUUUCUGCAACGAACCACCGAUGAAAGUGAAAAUAAUUUAUACCCUUUCGUCCAUCUUUUACCCGACGGAAACCUAUUCAUCUUCGCCAACACAAAAUCCGUGUUAUUUGACUACAAGCAAAAUAGUGUAAUCAAAGAGUUCCCUCCGAUUCCUGGUGAAGAUCCUCGUAACUACCCUAGCUCGGGUUCUUCCGUUCUUCUCCCACUGGACGAAAACCUUGCUCCACUCCAAGCUGAAGUGGUCGUCUGCGGCGGAGCGCCACGUGGCUCGUUCGAGAGCGCCGUGCGUGGGGCGUUCAUGCAAGCCCUUGCCACGUGCGGGAGGCUGAGACUCUCUGACUCUAACCCUAACUGGGUGAUGGAGAAGAUGCCGAUGCCACGAGCAAUGGGUGACAUGCUUCUCCUCCCUGACGGCAAUGUCGUUAUAAUUAACGGCGUAGGGGCGGGAACCGCCGGGUGGGAACAUAGCCGUGAGCCGGUGUUCACGCCGGUGAUAUUCCGGCCAUCGGAGACGGUGAAUCGGUUCAGUAUCAUGGCACCGGCGGCAAGACCCAGGUUGUAUCACUCUUCAGCUGUGUUGUUGAAAGAUGGAAGGGUUUUAGUCGGUGGUAGCAACCCUCACGUUUUUUACAACUUCACUGGGGUAGAGUACCCCACUGAUCUUAGCCUGGAGGCGUUUUCUCCGCCGUAUUUGGCGCCGGAGUUUAAUCCGGUGCGGCCAACGAUUAGGUAUGUCACGAAUAAUAACGUUUUAGGGUUUAGGGUUUUUUGUUACGUGACGUUUACGGUGGCUGAUUUUGGUUCGGCGAGUGACGUGUCGAUCAGGAUCGUGGCGCCGUCGUUUACGACGCACUCUUUCGGACAGAAUCAGAGGAUGGUGGUGUUGAAGUUGCGGGGGGUUACAUACGUGGGUGGAGAGGCUUAUUAUGCGACGGUGGUGGGGCCCUCGACGGCGGAGAUAGCGCCGCCGGGGUACUACAUGCUGUUUGUGGUGCAUAAGGGUGUGCCAAGUUCAGGUUGGUGGGUGCAGGUCAUGUAA